UUGGGAAUUUUUCUAUCACCACCUCUUUGUGAGGGACUUGAAGACUUCUCUCUUGAUUAUUUUACUCUCAUUAAUUGCUAUUUCUACAUCUAUGUCAACAGUUCACCAAUAUGUGUUUUUCUGCUCAGGCCAUAUUGGAGGUGCUACUUUCCCAAUACUCAAGCCAUAAUCUAUGUGGUUGAUUCAAGUGAUACUGAUAGGCUGGUGGUUGCCAAAGAGGAAUUUCACGCAAUAUUGGAGGAGGAAGAGUUAAAAGGUGCUGUUGUCCUCAUAUAUGCAAAUAAGCAGGAUCUUCCUGGUGCACUUGAUGAUGCUGCAGUGACUGAGGCCUUGGAGUUGCACAAGAUUAAAAACCGCCAAUGGGCUAUUUUCAAAACGUCUGCCAUAAAAGGAGAAGGGCUGUUUGAGGGCUUGGACUGGUUGAGUAAUACACUUAAAUCUGGAGGUGGCUAGACAAGGGAUGGAUGAUUGCUGUGAUGUGGUCGAGGCUGAAAAUCUGACUGUUACCGGUAUGUUUUGUGUUAGAGAUUCCAUUCAUUGGCUUUCUUCUUGUUACACUUUCUUAACCAGACAGUGGAUAUAGAAUUUAAAUUUCAGUAAUAUGAUAUAUAAAUUUGCUCAACAAUCUGUAACUUCGUUUUUACCAGAUUGGUUUUGCCCCAUUUGUUGUUAUACAUGGUGUUAACUGGUGUUUGUUUA